AUGCAACAUUUAAAGGGAAAACUUCGAGGAGAAGCCGAACGUUUGGUACAACACCUCAACAUAUGUGCUAGCAAUUAUGAUACGUGCUGGGAGCUGCUAACGCAUCGUUACAAUAAUCUACAACUUUUAUUCACCAAACAAAUACAAGUAUUUAUGGGUCAACCACCGGUUGUGAAGGUGACGUCAUAUGAACUGAAACGUUUGCAUGACACCAGCUUGGAGACAAUUCACGCCAUUCACAAUCUGGGGGUGAACACAGCUACAUGGGACCCAAUCCUAGUACAUAUCUUAACGGAGAAAAUGGAUCCUGACACAUAUGCUUCAUACAUGGAAGCAAGAAAGGAGCCGCGCGAACUGCCAUCCUUCGAUGAAUUGAUUAGCUUUCUUGAAAGCAAAUUUACUGCCUUAGAACCUGUAAACCGAAAAAACAAGUCAAUAUCUACAAAACAGGAACAAGGAACUAGUAGAGAAACAACAAAACAACAAUUAAGAAGCAACAAAGACUACAAGUCACCACUAAGAACAUAUCACGCAUUCAAAAAUACAUCAAGAACAUGUCCUAUGUGUAAAUCAAAUCAUAUAUUGAUUUACUGUCCAGAAUAUCAGAAAUUAUCACCGGAAGAAAAAAUGAGGACAAUCAAUCAACUGAAUAUAUGCAAAAAUUGCCUCUAUUGCCACAAUGCACAGAAACGCAAUUCAAAUAAAACAUGCAAAUUGUGUAAUAAGUCGCACCAUACGACAUUGCACGAGUUAAUUGCAACUCAACAUAACGUGAAUAAAUAUACGAAAUCCGUGUCAACUAUUUCACAACCAACAGCAACUCACGUGGCGGACAACUUUGACGAAAUACUUUUAGCUACAAUUGAGCUAAAGGUCAAGUCUGCAGAUGGAACUUACAUUCAACUGAGAUGCCUUUUAGAUCAAGGGUCACAAGUAAACUUGAUCACAGAAUCAGCUGCACAACGCCUCGGGUUACAAAGACACAAACAAGAUGCUUCAAUAUCAGGCAUUGGAAUCACAUCCAGUAAAUGCAAGGGUACAUACAACUAG